AUGUCACCGUAUUCUACGAAGCUUAAUUCUUUGUUGUCAUCAGUAGAAAACGAAGUAAAUAUACGGCUUUCUCCUGCUCUGCCUGCAUCUCGAUCCAGCCAUUUCUCUAUCGAUGGAACGUCACCAGCUGCCGCAUACAGCCAACAGCAACCAACAGAAAAGCAACAGGAAACAGCUGCUGCCUCUUCACCUCUUCAUAAACAAAGAGAAGAGCAUGAGGGGCCCUCAAUACACCCACCUCUUCAUUGUUUUCAGGGCUCCUGCACGCGCGCACGGUUGCAGUACAGGCCUCCCCUGCUUAUCGUUGCGGCUAUUAUAUCUGUUGCAGCUGUUCUGAUUCUUUUUUCGGUGUGUAAACUGCUGAGGAGCAGAAAACAGGUGUCUACGCAUACACCCCGUAGACUGGCUGAGCGUGGGGAUGCUGUAGAUGAUGAUGAACUUGCCGUUAUAGAAGACUGCUUGGCUCUUGAGUAUGACUUGGGGCUUAUGCAGCAGCGAUCAACCUCUCAGUUGGGGUCAGACCCGGUGAGAGAGAUAGAAGGAAUUGUUUCUGCAUUGAUUGCUGCUGCUGAAGAACACGAGAUGACGCAGGGGUUAUCCUCGCCGUCAACGGGGUCACCUGCAUCCUCCUCCUCUUCGAUUUCUUCUCUGUCUCAAGAGAGUAGAGAGAAAGAAGAAGAACAGGAAACAAGCUCGGAUGCUGCUGCUUCCAUUGCAUCUCCUGCAGAGCAUCACCCAGCAGAUACAGCAGGAGCUCUGGCCCCCCCGGCACCCAUAGACUCAGCAUCACAGGUAAGCAGCAAGGAGCAGAAAAAGAAAAAGGUUUCGUUAACCCCACCCUCUGCUCUCUCUAUAGACGAAGAACAACCCUCAACAUCUGCUGCAUCAGCGCCGUCGCCUGACGAUGAAAAUUUAGCUGCUGAGGGAGAUGAUGAUGUUGUUGAUAUUCCUAACCACCCAUAUAUAUUUCUUAUUUCUUUCCUCAGCUAG